CAGACCAUUUUUUCGAUGUUAUGCAGAAAUGACUGGUUUCAAAAUGAUUCCGUCUGAUACGAUAUUGGAGAAAAAGACGCCCUCCUGUCUCUUCUUUCGAUUGGUGAAAACCGCAGGUCUCUAGCUGAUUGCGUUCUUGAGUUAUUCAAAAAACAGUGGGACGCAAUCUAUUUUGAAACGGACAUUAGUAGAGAAAUUCAAUACAAAUGAUAGAUUCGAUCGAGGAUUUAUAUAUAUUGAGUUUUUUCAGUAGAGAAAAAAUUUUUUUUUAUUUUAUUUUGUUUUAAAAAUCUCUACUUAUCCAAUUUCUUUGAUAAUACAAUCAUAGUUAAGUAUUUUGAAAAUAAUUUUAUUUAUUCGUUGUUUUUUUCUUAUAUAAAUCCUAAACAAUAGGAUUAUUGGCUGAUUAGAAAAUUUGAAGAUCAGGUAGAUAAGAAUAUAUUUUCAUUUUCUAUAUAUAUAUUUACUUAGAGAUGACCAAAGGUUCUAAUCCUUAUCAUCAGACAAGGUAAUCUAUACAGGCACAUUGAAUGAAAUAUAGUAAAUUAUGUUUUCGUAAAACAAUACUACGUAUAUAAGAUUUUAACUCGUCAUAAACUCUACAAAAUCAAAUGUGAGAAAAAAUAUUUUACAAAUACUUUCGACUAAUAUCAAUAAGCACAAUGUUCAGUAACAUAUACCAUGCUUAGCUAUCGGUAUCGAAUAGUCGCCUAUCAAUAAAUUGACUUGAGUUCCUUUAAAGUUUUAUGAAAUUCUGGUUUACUAUAUCUCAUUCGCAAAGUAAAUAUGUUCUAUAAAUUUGAUUGAGAUUAUGUUAAUUUAUUCUCUUAAAUAAAUAUAUUAAAAAAAUAAUAAAACUAUUUAAAUUUGAAAUGAUUGAUUUACUUAAUUUAAAUUUUAGUGGUGAACAAGCUCGUCUACAAUGAAUAGCUCAAUUAAUAAAUAGAUUACCUGAUAUAAAUCUUUAGGUAUUUUUAUUGGAUGUAGUAUAUUAUAUGGUAAAGAUCAAUCAUCAUCCCAACAAUCGAUUUCAAAUUCUUCUCAACAAGAAUAAACGUCGAAAUCAUUUAAAUGUCAACCUGAUCUUAUUCCAACUGAAUUUCAUUCCGUAUUUUUUUUUGAUUUAUUUUAAAUAAUUUUUCUUUUUUUUUUAUAGAAAAGUCAAAGUGUUUCAAAUGAAAAUUUAUUAGAUAUUCAAAGUACACCAGGAUAUCCUCAACCAUCUCCUGGAACACAUCGCAAAAAUAAAGCACCUCGUCCACCAACAUCAUCUUCAAUUAAUCAACAAACAUCAGUUGAACAAGUUAAUUAUGAAAAUAUUUCAUCUGAUUUUAAUUUAAAUAAGAUAAACAAAUAA